GAGUUUUUUUCUUCUUCUUGUUUAUAUUGAAAUCAAGCAUUUGUAUUGACUUGUUUUGGAGUAUCUUAAACGUCCUUGUGACUCUGUUUUUCUACAUAUUCUCCCAACACCAAAUUUCAUUCCAUCUUUCUCUGCUCUUUCUUCACUUCAAUCCUCCUUUCUCUUCAAUUUUUCUAUUCACACCCCCUUCCUACACUCAAAAUGAAGAAAGUGGUGGUGAAGUUGGAUUUGCAUGAUGAUAAAGCAAAACAGAAAGCCAUGAAAUCAGUUUCUAGCCUUUCAGGCAUUGAUUCAAUCGCCAUGGAUAUGAAAGAGAAGAAGUUAACAGUAGUUGGUGACAUAGACCCUGUGGAUGUUGUGAGCAAAUUGAGAAAAUGGCACACUGAAAUUCUAACAGUCGGGCCGGCGAAAGAGCCGGAGAAGAAAAAAGAUGAUGGAAAAAAAGAUGAUAAUAAGAAGAAAGAAGAUGAUAAGAAGAAAGAUCCAAAUGAACAAAUUGCUGAGCUUGUUAGGCAAUAUAGAGCAUAUAAUCCUUACAUGACUACAUGUUAUCAUGUUCAGAGUAUUGAAGAGAAUCCAAAUGCUUGUGUUAUUUGUUGAGUAUUAUAAUGGUUUGAAAGAGACAUGGAAUUGAGUUGGAAAAAGUCAGGAAUGUUUGCUUGUAAAUUAUGAAUUUGUUUGAUAUAUUAUUAUUAUUAUUAUUAUAAUUGUUAUGAGAUUGAGACAUAAAGAGGAUUAAUGGUGUAUUAGGCUAUGAAGGUUUUGAAAGAAUAGUUUGAUGUGUUUUAUCACUUUUUUUUUGGACAAGUUGUGUUAUUAUACUUGUUAAGUGUGUGAUUUUGUAAUGCUAUUUCUAAUGAGAAACUUAGUUAUAGUACUUAUUGACAAA